CGGCCGCGCCCUCUGGGUCAAAGACCCCCCCCGCUCUCUCUCUCUCAGGUCUCUCCAGGUUCAGACGGUUGGCUGUUUCCUGCUCUGACCGCUGUGGUCGUCCUGGUUCUGAUCAUAGCACUGGGAGCUACCAAUGCGAACACGUCGAGUCGUCUGUGGUCAGCGGAGCAGAGUGUUUCCAACCUGAGUGACAUCAUCCAGUCCCUGAACGCCUCACUGCAGCAAGCUCACGAAACAGCUAAAGCAGUGAAACAGCUGCAGUUUGCUGUGGACAACAACAAGGACCAGCUGAACACAGUGUCGGAGGCGUUGAAGCAGCUGUCGGUUGUGGACUCUCUCAGCAAGAACGUCGCUUUGCUCAAAUGCUCCCUUGAACGCAUCAUCAACAACAGGUCGAGGGAGGACGGGUGUUGUCCUCUGGACUGGAAACUGUUUGGCUCCAGUUGUUAUUUCUUCAGUGCUUCCACUCUGUCCUGGAACAAGUCCAGAGACUGGUGUGAGAGUCACCAGUCUCACCUGAUCAUUCUCACCAAUGACAAGGAGUGGGACUUUGUGACCCAUCAGACGAUUCCUGAAUUAUUCUGGGUCGGUCUCAGUGAUGGAAGGACUGGGAGAUGGGAGUGGGUGAACCAGAAUCCGUACACCAUCGACCGCAGGCGCUGGGUUCCCGGUCAGCCCAACAGCUGGACCGGCCACGGCCUCGGCCCCGGAGACGAGGACUGCGCUCACCUGCACAGGAGCGGACGCCUCAACGACGCACACUGCUCCAAACGAUGCGCUACAUCUGCCAGAAACACAGCCUGCGCCCCUGAACGCACCUGCAGCCCCGCCAUGGCUCCGCCCACACACGCUCACCUCAUAUCACUGCAUCAGGUGACAACCAGGAAGUGACGUGAUGUUGAACUCACCUCAGAUUCAGCAGAAGAAAACAUGGCCGCCUGAUUGUAAACUCAAUCUUAUUUCAAAAUAAAUGUCUUUUUCAGAUAUGAACAAAAAA